AUGGUAUCAGUGUUAACCUUUGACAUAUUCCCUGCGUUAAUGGGCGCGAAGGGGAGAAACGACCACCUCUCGCCUCCACAGGAGAGCGUUACAUUCUUGGACCUUCCUUCACACAUCGAUUUCACACACUACAGAACGCUCUCCAUCUCAGCUAUGUGUUCGUCUGACGGUCGUGUCCACAUCCUGGUUCACAUGGGGAGCGUGGCCAUUCGUCUUCAUGUUUGUGGUUGUAGAAUUCAAAUUCGUCUCAACGGCUCUGAUUUGUUUCCAACUUUGUUCUCCUUCGCUGAUUGGCUAGGAUAUCUAACUUGUCAAUCCUCGGAUUUAUGCCAUCAUGACCGACUCACGACCGCCGGUUCUUCACAAUGGAACGAAAGGGCUAUCCAUCCUACCUCAUCUCGAGCUAGAGUAACCGUGGACAACCGCAAGUGCUUCUUCGUUACCGAGGACGAAAAGUUGGCAGGCGUAACAAGGACGCUGAAGGGAAUGAACUGUCAAUCAGAUGUUUGCGAUGAAGAGUCUGUGAUCUCUACAUGA